GACAACGACGGAAGAAGGACGGCUGGGGAGUCGCAGCCCGGGAUUGUAAAUAAGACCGUUGAAACUGUGUUUUAUUUACAAAAGUGAUGCCGGCUGUUUUAAAUUACCGUUCCCAGUUGUUUUAAGUAUUUUUUCGUAAUUUUUGGCUUGAUUUCUCGCCUAUUUCUGUGUGGUCUUUACACUACGCGUAUAAUGACGAGCUCGGCAAACUCGAACCCAGUGCCUAAAUUGUACAAGUCUGUGAUCGAGGAUGUGAUCAGCGAGGUACGCGAGCUGUUCCUGGACGAGGGAGUGGAUGAGCAGGUUCUCCUGGAGCUGAAAACGCUCUGGGAGAGCAAGCUGUUGCAGUCGAAGGCAGUGGAGGGCUUCCACACGGAGGAGCAGGCCGCCCUGCAGGCCGCCCAGCAGCAGCAGCAGCAGGUCCAGCACGUCCAGCAGGUGCAGCAGGUCACUCAGCCCGCACAGGCGCAGCAGGUCAUCCUGCCGCCCCAGCAACAGCAAGCUCCCCAGCAGCAAGUCAUUGUUCAGGACCCGAAGAUUCUACAGCACAUGAGUGCGACUGGGAUGACUGCAGCAGCUACGGCAGCAACGCUCGCUCUGCCCACAGGGGUCACUCCAUACCAACAGCUCCUCACCAGCCAGGGUCAGAUCCUGCAGGUGGUGCGCACGCCCAAUGGGGCGCAGUACAUCAUCCAGCAGCCGCAGCAGCAGAUCGUCCUGCAGCAGCAGAUGCAGCCCGGGAGCAUGCAGGCUCCGGUCAUACAGCAGGUUCUGGCUCCGCUACAAGGAGGCCUCCCUCAGCAGACGGGAGUCAUCAUCCAGCCACAGCAGAUCGUCCUGACUCCUGGAAACAAAGUCCAGGGAAACGCGCAGGUGAUGCAGGCGGCCACCAUGGCGCCGCAGCCCGGCCAGGCGCCGACGGCCACUCAGGUGCAGCAGGCCCAGGGCGCCGCCGCCCAGGCCCCGGCUCAGCCCCAGGCUCAGCAGCAGGCCCAGCCCCAGGCGCAGCAGCCUCCCAUGAUGCUGCAGGUGGACGGUGCCGGAGACACCUCCUCGGAGGAGGACGAAGACGAGGAGGAGGAGUAUGACGAAGACGAGGAGGAGGAGAAAGACAAAGAUGGCGUAGAGGACGGGCAGGUGGAAGAGGAGCCUCUGAACAGCGGGGAUGAUGUCAGCGACGCAGAAGACCAGGAGCUGUUUGACACAGAGAAUGUAGUGGUGUGCCAGUACGACAAGAUUCACAGAAGUAAGAACAAGUGGAAAUUCCACCUGAAGGACGGCAUCAUGAACCUGAACGGCAGAGAUUACGUCUUUAGCAAAACCAUCGGGGACGCCGAGUGGUGAAGUAGAACUCUGUGACCCCUUCUGUCCAGUUAACAGACACUUCAGCAUCCUUCCAUAUCCUGUGACUGGAUUCCUUCAGGAAGCUGCUUCUGAGUCUUUGAGAACUCUGCAAACCCAAAGGAUUGUGAGGUACUGUCAGAAAAAAAAGAAAAAAAAACAUACCCCCCCCACCCCAGCCCCCCUGGGUGUCGUCACAGCAAACACUCGGCUAGCCUUGGUGGGAUGAGAAACCAACAAGGGAGGGAGAGCCCCAGAACAGAGCAUCGUUUCUUUUUUCUUUCUUUUUUUUCCCUUCCUCCUCUUCUUCCAGGCUUCUCUGCCUUUUUUUCCUGAGAUUUCAUGAAAGUAAGCAUUUCACUUCAAACAGGUGUAGUGGACCAGGGUGCCCUGCCCCCGCCACAGGAGGUCCCAGGCCAUCCCUAUCAACCCCCUAGAUGACGAACACCGUGGUAAUGCACUGUAGUCGGUUGACUGGAUUGACUCGUGUCUGUAUGUAAGUCCGAACUUAGUGCCACCAGUCAAAAUCGCUGCCUUUUUUUAGAAUGACCUUUGGCUUCUCAUUUUUUUCUCUUCAUUGUCCCUGGAUCGUAGUUCUGUCUCCGUGUUCAUGAAAAUGGUGCUCCAGAGCGUUUUAUGUAGUUAAUCUAUUAUUGUAAAUUUUGUUAGUUUUCUAUUUUUUUUUUCCAAUGUAAUUAAUAAGAUGAAGAAAAGGAAGGUAAAAUUCUAAGACCCCCCCAUUCAACCCCCAUCCCACCCAAUUUUGCCUCUGGAGCUUCAUUCCAUCUCUAAAGGAAUAGUACCAAAAUCAUUUAAAAAAGAAAAAAAAGAAGUCACUUUUUUAGAAUUGUACAAAUUGUGCGAACGUCGGCGUCUUCUUCUCUGCUCUAAUUUUUAAUUUUGUCGGCAGCCGUCAAAAGAUUAGCGUUUUUAUCUUUGUGUCGUGAGGUCGGUCGGUCCAGGUAAUGAAUAGCCACAAUUUCCUCUGCUUUGUAUGUGUGUGUGAUGGUGACUGACUCCACGUUUGUGUGUGUGUGUACAUGUGUGUUUACUACCACUUUUCCCUGAAAAGGAAUGAGUCCGGCCCCUUACAGUUACACACGUGGGGCUGGGUGAGUCAUUCUUUAUUUAUUGCUGAAAUUUUGUGAUUUUUUUUCUUUUUUU